AGCAGUCGUCUCCAAAGCAGGCAGUGCCAACCAUAACAACUUCGCUACGGUCCGCGCAUAUUUUCGGUGUGUAUAAGAUCUGGUGCCGGAAUUCUACUAUUGAUUCUGAACCCCCGUUAGAAUUCGGGACCUAUUGACUCACGCUUGAGAGCACUCCCAGCGAGCAAGAACCGUUCAAGCUGUCAACCUCCCCCCUUCCCGUCAUUUCAAAGAUAUAGCUGAUACGAGUCAAAGUUGUAGUCACUUGGGGUAUUUAUUUUGUUUUUAUCUUGCUCCAAACAACCCUUCCAAGCCGGAAGAAUCAGCAUAAACCCUAUUUUUUUUAAUCUCACUAGCGACUUCUAUAUUGCUAUCCUUUGCUCAAGUCUGCUUCUACUUCUGGGGGAUCUGUUUAUAGAGCUUAAGAUCAGCGAUGCGAUAACGUCCUGGCUCUAUACUCUACAGCACAAUCUCUCUCGCUAUAUCUUGCAAAACCACAAGGAAUACCUCAAGUCCGUCUCUUCUACAUUGUUGCGAUCACUUGUGACUUUUGACACUCGAGUUAUGCGGCAAACGUUACCAUCAUUCAAUGCCAUUAGGCAGCAUAGGUCCCCUGAUGAAAUCUAUGGUCUUUUCAAUAGAAUCUUCUUUAUAUGGAUCAACUCAGUUCUUAUUCGGGGGUUCAAGAAUAUCCUCACCGACCAAGAUCUACCAUGUCUAAGUCAAAAUAUGAGGCCGGAACUCACAAGAAAAACAAUGCUUCGAAUAUGGUCUCAACGAGGUUAGUGUGUUAGAAAAUGUCUUUUCCCCUUGUCAUUAACAAGUUUAGCUAAGCCUGAAAGUAAGAAGAGUUUACCUAUCGCUUUGAUCAAAUGUCUGAAAACCCCUUUUCUCGCUGCCAUUAUGCCUCGACUGCUCUUGAUCUCUUUUCGUUAUUCUCAACCUAUCUUAAUCAAUGAGUCGAUCAGAUACAUUGUGACACAUCCUAAGGGCGAGGAAAGCAGUCAUGGAUUUUGGCUUAUCGUGUCUGCCUUCAUAAUCUAUGUCGGCCUCGCUGUAAGGAGAUAUUUCGCUGGCCCUUCUAAGAUGCUAAUAUUCAAUUCUAGCUAUCAACAGCUAUGUAUCAACAUUUCAUAAACAGGCUAAAGCUUAUGACAAGAAGUGCGCUUGUGGGAUUGAUUCAUGAGAAGACCAUGAAAUCGCCCCGUAUAUCCUACGACAACGGCGAUGCUACUUCACUCAUGAGUAAUGAUGCAGAAAGUCUCGAUGCAAUUGCCGAAAUGUUUCACGAGACAUGGGCUCAGGUCAUUGAGGUUCUUAUAGGUAUAAGUCUUCUGGCUACGCAAGUUGGCUGGAUUUGGCCUCUUCCGCUUUUUCUGAUAUACAGUAAGCAUUCCACCUUGGUGCUCUAGAUAGAUACUCAGUUGUGUAGUAUGUUCACACAUGAGUCGAUUUGUUGCAAAGCAUUUACAACCUCGCCAAAAGGCUUGGAACGCCGCAACACAAAGUCGUAUCGCAUCUGUUAGUUCCCUUAUAGGUUCUAUGAAGGUCGUCAAAAUGAUCGGGUUACAGCACGUCCUUACCAAUCAAGUACGGGAGUUACGGAAAGAGGAGCUCUGGGUAGCGUCGAAACUUAGAUGGGUUAUGGUAUACUAUAAUGCGUCUGGUUCGUUCAUGACAAUAUGUAAAUUCGACAUUGCGUCCUUAAACUGACACUGAUAUAGCUAAUGCACUCGGGAUAUUCUCGCCAGCCAUCACACUAGCUAUUUUUGCUUUGAUAUCACAAGCUCAUGGUGCCAAUCUUGAUACAGAAACUGCAUUCACUACUAUGGCGAUUUUAAGUAUGGUCACCCAUCCAGCAAACAUGGUCAUGACUAUUGUGCCUCGCGCAGUAGCAGCUUUCGCUGGGUUUGAAAGAAUCCAAUCAUUCGUGCUCCGACCAUCUUUACAAGACAGUCGUAGCAUACUACCCAGACCUGGUCGGAGUGAUGUUGCAUCUAACAAGCCCAGCCUCGCUGUUCAAAUCCGUAAAUUGAAAAUCGGUCAUAAACAGAUAAUCCUUGAUGAUAUAAACAUUCAAAUGCAUGGCGAGUCAUUCAUCAUAAUUUCAGGCCCUACCGGCAGCGGUAAAACAACUUUAUUGCGUACUAUAAUUGGAGAAGUAGUUCUUGCUGGUGGAUCUAUUGCUCUAACAACGAGAAAGAUAGCAUACUGUGCCCAGAGGCCUUGGCUACCCAGCGGCACUAUCAAAGAGGCUAUUUAUGGUGCUAAUGAUAUCUACGGGCCCUCAAUACGAGACCAUGAAACAUGGUACAAUACCAUUACGAAAAUUUGCUGUCUCGCCCAUGAUUUCGACUCCCUGCCUGAGGGAGAUCAGACGGAGAUUGGCAGCAGGGGGCUGAAUUUGUCCGGAGGCCAGAGACAGCGUGUGGUAAGGACUUGAAUGCGGCAAUGUAUAGAUCUAUUUAAAAUAACAUGAUUAGGCACUGGCACGCGCGUUGUUCGCAAGAUCCGACAUACUUCUGCUGGAUGACACUUUCAGCGGAUUGGAUGGUGAUACCGAGCAAACUAUCUUCAAUAAUCUGUUCGGAUCGACCGGUCUACUACGCAGGUUGAAAACGACUGUUGUUCUUGUCUCUAACUCUUGUAAGUUUCCUUGCCUUUUCUUCAAAGCAAUGUCUUACCGUGAAAUAGCUCAAUACUUCCAAUCAGCAGAUCACGUUGUUGUUCUUGGGGAUCAUGGGAUUAUAGAUCAGGGGAACUGGCAAACCAUCAAAUUUAAAACCGGAUCUAUAGCAAAAUUCUCCUCUGAGAACCGCACCAAAGAUAAUUUGGCAGUGUCGGCAGCUUUUGAUAAACUCAGCUCCCAGGUGCGAGCAAAAGACGAAGCUGAAAUUGAUCUUGCAAGACAGAGUGGAGAUUCAGCUCUACACGGUAACCCCUUCCCCGUUUCCCAAAGUUGAGAAUGUAAAUUCAUUUGAGCAUAGGAUACUAUCUGAAAUUUGUCGGGCCGAAGAACUUUUUUCUCCUAGUCUCUUGCACAGCGUCAUAUGCCUUCUUCAUCACUAUACUCCAAUACUACUUACAGCUAUGGACUGACUCGAGCGGUGAGAACACUUCCCUUUACGCAUUUGGAUUUCUAUUCCUGUCAUUCAUAUCAUGGCUAGCAACAAGUCUCCAGAUGUGGUAGGUUUCUCGUAAACUUCCAUGUUUUCAUUGUCGUUGAACACCUUCUAGGGUUAUCCUUAUACGAUUAGCGCCACGAUCUGGGUCACGCCUGCACGAAAGGCUUCUACAUAUUGUAACGAGGUAAGUUUUUUUGCUAACGAAAAACAAUAACAUCAUUCAGAAGAUACUGAUGAUUAUUAGCGCACCUUUAUCAUAUUUUUCGCGAACCGAUAAUGGUUCGAUCCUAAAUAGGUUAGCAAACCUACAUACAGAUGUUUCGACAGAACUAAAAGAAAACUCUAGAUUUGGUCAAGAUAUUCAGCUAGUUGACAAGCAAUUGCCAUUGGCCCUUCAGACCGUUGUAACUCGUAAGACAGUUUUCCGAGUUUCGUGUUGCCGAACAAACUCAAAGAUCCUAACACACGUAGAAAUUUUCAAGCUCUCUAUGCAGGUCAUACUUCUUUUCGUUGCCCAGAAAUGGCUCACCGUGUCUCUACCAGCAUGCAUGGCUGUAGUCUAUGUCGUCCAGAAAGUUUAUCUUCGCACCUCUAGACAACUUCGAUUUCUAGAGCUAGAGGCUCGGGCAGGAGUCUUCUUGAGCUUUUUAGAAUCCGUACGUAUAGAACUAUGUGACUAAUCAAUCUACUUCAUCUGACAGUACCAGGUUGAGGGCCUCGAGACGAUACGCUCAUUUGGUUGGUCUAAUGCGGUUGUAAAGGAUAACAUAAUAAGUGUGGACAAUGCCCAACGUCCUGAAUUUCUCCUCAUGUGCCUUCAAAGAUGGCUUAACAUUGUCCUAGACCUAUUAGCGGCGUCUGUUGCAACCUUAGUUAUCGCUAUAGCUGUAGCAUUUCGAGGCCGUGUUAGCGGCGCACAAGUUGGAAUUGCGCUCAAUAUUAUGCUCGUUGCAAACACAACCUUGCUGAAGCUCGUAGAAAGUUGGACAACACUAGAAGUCUCUCUUGGAGCGAUUGCUCGCCUGAGAACACUUGAAAAGAUGACACCAUCUGAGGGUGUUAUAGCCUGGAACUUGGAGCCCACGGGUUCAUGGCCCUCUCAUGGUGAUAUUGAAAUCAAGAAUAUCACCGCAUCUUACCUGUAUGUAACCUCGGCGAAGUUCUUAUUGCUGCUGGCUAACAACAAUCAAUACUUAGGUCCAACUCAGUGGCUCUACGAAACCUGAAUUUGAACAUCACAUCAGGACAGAAAAUCAUCGUCUGUGGACGUACAGGCAGGUCAGCAUUCCACGCUCCAUUGAUCUUUUUGGAAGGCUAACUUUCAAACAGUGGCAAAAGUACCUUGCUCUUGACGCUCCUCCGGCUUCUUGAGUUACAAUCUGGCCAGAUUGUGCUAGACGGAGUUGACAUCAGGAGUGUUGGGCUUGAUGUUCUCCGGCAGCGAUGCUUCAUUACCGUGUCACAAGAUCCUCUGCUUCUGUCCAAUGAGACUUUACGCUUUAAUCUAGAUCCAGAUGCCGUAUCAUCAAACGAAGCUUUGAUUGCUUCUCUGAAAAGAGCGGAUCUCUGGUCACACUUCAUGCAAGAGGCAGCUGAAUUGGACGAAAUCUUGGGAGCAGAAUCAGAGUUUGCUAUUGACAUCUCGCCGUACAAUCAACAUCCAAUUCUGGAUAAAACUCUUUUACUUUUUUCGGAGCUAUCCGUAGGACAAGGUCAGCUACUUGCACUGUGCCGGGCGCUCGUCAAGGCUCAGACGGCUCAGCGUUCUGGUCGAAAGCCUGUUGUUCUGUUAGAUGAAGUCACUUCCUCCCUUGAUCCUGUUACAGAGUUAACCAUAUACGAUAUUAUUGACGACGAGUUUACUCGAAAGGGACAUACGGUCAUAUGUGUAGCUCAUAGAAUUGAUGUACUGGCAAAGCACACAGAGGCAGGAAGAGAUGUUGUAGUAUUGUUGAGCAAUGGCCAGUUACAGGAAGUAAUCACAGAUUUGAAUCCGGUGGCGUUGGAAAAGCUUGGGAAAUUAGACUGAUUGAUAGUAUGUCGCUAUGCUGGAAAAAUUGAGCAAGAAUUCCCAUUUGGUGUUCUGCAAUCCAAGUAGUAUAUAUGGCAUCGUAUCCCCUUGACCCCAAGUGCUUCUUAGCUCUAGAGCUCUUGUACACAUAC